AAAGUUCAACUGAUGUAUACAAUCAUAGAUAUAAAUUAAAUAAACUAUAGAUUAACUGUAUUAUCUCUUUAGUGUUUACAUUUAUAAUAUAUUUUUCUCAAAAAAGCAAACAGUAAUUAUCAAAGAAUAAUUACAGAAAGGCACAUUGAUUUAUGAAAUCAAUAUAAUCAUUGAAAGGAAUUCCAAUAUUGUUUACUAUUGUGAAAAAGCAAAAUUUUAUUCUGAUCGAAAAGGGAUGCAAGAAUCUUUAGUUGAUGAGAUGAAUAUUCGUCGACGUCAUGAUGAGAAAAAUAUGAAAACCGCAUCAACACAAUCAUUGAAUAAUUUAAAUUUACAAUUGAAAGAGUUUAAAAUAACGGAACAAACUAAUUCCAGUAGUCCAGAUAAUGAUAAGCAUAAAUUUGUACAUGAUGUUGUCUGGUGUGAUUUAGCUGAGCAAUUUCGAUUGAAUUUAAUUACACAGUUAGAUGAACAUCUAAAAGUAUCAUUGAAUGAUCUAGUAAGUACAGCAAUUUCAAGAGAUAGUUAUCUACAAAAUACACAAGCACUUAAUGACUGGAUGACUGAUAAGCAUAAAACAGAGUGUAAAUCGCUAACCUCCCACAGUCUACCAACGAAACAUUAUCGCACUCGUGACUCUGUACUGACUACACUGUUUCAAAUCUCUCAUAUACGUACUGUUUAUAAUAUAUUUGUUGCUGUGACAAUAAUCUUCUCAGCGAAUACAGUGAUACAAGAUUUUAUUGAUCCUAAGAUUAAUCUAUAUGCCUACGAUAUGGACAUAUUGCGAUUCACAUUUGGUAAUUUAGAUGAUGUAUUCCGUAUAUGGCUUUCAAUGAAGAUGUCCACUAUUUUUAUACCAUUUUGGGGUGUUCUAUUGUGGAUGGCUUAUAGACCAAAGGUUGGCAAGAAAAUCUGUCCAACGGAUUGGAUUUUCUUUAUUGCGUAUAUCAUUUAUCAGGUGGUGUUUUUUAUGACGUCAUUUCGCUUUACAAUAAUUUGUGACUUGCCACCGGCUAGUACAGCAAUCGUCACAGGUGAACAAGUUCGAUUAGUUAUGAAAUCACAUGCAUUCGUACGCUAUGCAAUUGGUAGAAUAUUUGAAGAAGGUCAAGAUGAAUCAACACCACCAUCACCAACGACCACUGUAACAGCAGGAAUCAACAAUCAUCAUCAUGUAAACCAAUCAAAUUCAUGUGUUAUUGAAAUGGAGGAAUUUCCUAAUUUCUCACGUUAUCUUUAUUUUUUGCUAGCCCCAACUUUAGUUUAUCGUGAAAAAUAUCCACGUACUCGUAGUAUACGAUGGUAUUUUGUUUUUUCCAAUUUCUUACAAGUAAUUGUUUGUUUUAUAUUUAGUUAUUAUAUUUUUAUGCGUUUUUGUUUCCUACCAUUUUCCCAACUUGGUAAAUUAAAAAAGUUUUCAUUCAAGAAAUAUAUACUAACAUCAACAGCUUGUACAUUACCAGGUGGUUUAUUAAUGCUGAUCGCAUUCUAUUCAUUUUUGCAUUCAUGGCUGAAUGCAUUUGCUGAAAUGUUACGUUUUGGUGAUCGUUUAUUUUAUAAAGAUUGGUGGAAUGCAACAACAUUUAGUGUAUGGUAUCGUACAUGGAAUGUAAUUGUACACGAUUGGUUAUAUACUUAUAUUUAUCGUGAUAUACAAUUCUUAAUUGGAAAACAUUCACGUACAUUGGCAGCAACCGCUGUUUUUUGGUUAUCAGCCGGUGUACAUGAGUAUAUUCUAAUGAUGAGUUUAAGAUAUUGUUUACCAGUGUUAUUUUUAUUUUUUAGUGUAGGUGGUUAUGUGUUAUUUUUUGUACAGGGUAGUGGACGUGGUUGGAAUGUAGUUAUUUGGAUAUUAUUAUUUAUUGGUUGGGGUCAAAUGAUUUGUUUAUAUUCAAUGGAAUGGUAUGCACGAAAAAACUGUCCACCAGUUAUGGAUGGUUAUCUGAAUUUCUUUAUGCCACAUAUUAUAUUAUGUCCUAGUACUAACCAUACUGGGCAUGUUUGAUAUAUUUAGGAAGAAACCCAAUACAAAAUAAAACAGACAACUUAUUGAAAUUUCUAUGUAUUUCAUUUCUUUUCAAUUUUAUGUCAUUGAAUUGAAACAUAAAGGAAGAAUUUGAAAAGCUCUUCAAUUAUUAUUUACUCUGUCAUCUUUCAUAAACAUAUUUUCCAAACUGCCGUCAUACAAUUCGAUUUUUAUUUACUUACAUUUCUAUUUUAUUUUAUACAUAAUUAAAUAAAACAAAUACAAAGAUGUUUCGUUGUUCACAAGAUUUUGUUUUGCCGUUGAAGUUAAUUUACAUGACGGUAGUGCUUAGAUGAAUGUAACUAAUAAAUAAUUAUUAAUAUUAA